GCAAAAUAGGUAUAAAAAAUGCAGCAUUAACUCUAUGAACCUUGAAUCGCGGUCGUGUGUCGCACCAUUGUCGACGUCAUAAGAGAGAGGUCUUUGGUCCCGCUUACAGCAAUUCUGCACAUAACCAUAACCUAGCAUUCUAUGUCUGUACUUGUUUUUAUUUUGUUUGGUGAAAAGAUUAUGGAAUUUUAGACCUGAAACUUGAUUUCGUUUGUAUUUAUAUUCUUACCCAGUAUUGUGUCGUUUAUGUAUCUAUUUUUAAGAAUGUCUUCAACCAAACACCCAUACAAGAAUAAAAGUAUUUUAAGCUAAAACUACUUGACGAUGAGCUAAAGUCUAUAGUUAUAAUAGUUAUACUCAAAUUGUACAUCAUAAACUUGAAAUAUUUCAUUCAUAGUUCCUUACUCAUUGUACAAGACUUCUCGAAAUAUGCUCAGUUCCGAAAUAAAUAUAAAAAAGGGGGUAAACCCUUUGGUGUUCAGCUCCGUACAAAACAUCGACAUGGAAAAAUUGGCCAAAUGCCCUGAAAGUGACCUCCGACCGGUACUUCCGUGUCUAGUACGUAUGGGACUUAUCUCUCCUCUGGACAGCUCAAAUAAAUGCACCAAAAUGAAAGUCAACAUACUGACAAUAAUAAGCGGCAUGGAACUGGUUAAUUCCAUUGUGGCGUUAUUGAGCAUGGAUUUUCACAGAUUGGAAAUUGAUGUGAAAAAGGAACAACAACUCAGACAGAAAGGAAAUACUAAUUUGAACGAUUCAAUUUUGAUUGAUAGUUUAAAUAAUACGAGUAUGGCUUUGGAGUAUGAAAGAGGAGAUAUGACUAGAAGAUUGACCAUUCUCUUAGGAGAACUUUUAUACAUCCAAUCGCAAAUCCAAGAAACGAACGAAGCAACAGAUCAAGAAUCCUACAUAAAAUCGUCUGAACUGUUUGAUAACGACAUAUUUGCUGAAGAGUUUGCUGAUAUAAUAUCUAUCGCUUUAGCAGAACUACCUACUACACUUAAUAUAACAUCGAUAGUUGAAAUUGUGUUACACGUGCGUAACGGACCAGAAAUAAUAUGUAGAAUAGUGGCCAAUUUUCCUGAUUCUUUCAGAGAAGUAUGCACAUAUCUGAUACAAACAGGCGAAAAACAAGAAGAAGCAGUCUCUAGCACGAUUAGAGCUAGUACAAUCACUUUACUCUGUCAAAUGAAUCCAUCACAAUCUCUGACAGUCAGAUCUAAAUGUGUUGAAUUAUGCAGAAUGCCAGCUUUGGCUAUUUUGUUAUCGUUAGGCGACCCACUGGGGGACGAAGAGGGCGAUAUGGUUGCUUUUGUUAGUGGAUUAUUAUUAGGAAACGAUCAAACUAUAAGAAAUUGGAUAGCUCUAUUUAUCCGUACAGGCCAGAAAAGGAAAGGUGAAGCCUCUAGUAAUGCCCUGCAGCAAUUGCGGGAAGAAUUAUUAAAAAAGUUACAAACAAUAAUCGAUGCUUCCCCUGAAGGUCAAAUUCCUGAUAGUUUAGUUGUCCAAGCUUCAGCACUGUUAAGGCUAUACUGUGCUCUCAGGGGCAUUGCAGCGAUUAAAUUUCAAGAUGAAGAAGUUAAUCUUAUAGUACAACUUUUGACUUCACACCCCAAUCCAACUCCUGCGGGUGUAAGAUUUGUCUCUAUAGGCCUGUGUAUGCUGAUAGCAUGUCCUUCUCUGGUAUCUCAACCAGAUCAUGAAAGGCGCAGUAUUGAAUGGGUGCAAUGGCUUGUCAGAGAAGAAGCUUACUUUGAAUCCGCUAGUGGAGUGACUGCAUCUUUUGGAGAAAUGUUACUUUUGAUGGCUAUACAUUUUCAUAGUCAACAAUUGAGCGCCAUUUGUGAACUGACGUGUGCCACCUUAGGCAUGAAAAUUGCAAUUCGGCAUAACAAUAUGAAUAGGAUGAAGCAGGUUUUUACUCAGGAAAUUUUUACUGAGCAAGUAGUUACGGCGCAUGCAGUUAAAGUGCCAGUUACUCAAGGACUUAGUGCUAAUAUGAUGGGUUUUCUCCCCAUCCACUGCAUCCAUCAACUCCUAAAAUCUCGAGCUUUUGCCAAACACAAUGUGAACAUUAAAAACUGGAUUUACAAACAAAUUUGUACCAGCGUUAGCCCGUUACAUCCAGUAUUGCCAAUGCUAGUCGAGGUCUAUGUGAACAGUAUUAUGUUGCCUAAUGCUAAAAAUGCUGAGCAAGCAAAUAAACCAUUGACUGAAAACGAAAUUAGGACGGUUUUUCAAAAUUCAAUAUUUGGUCAAUACUUCGAUCACAAACCAUCAAUAUUCAACAUGGAUUUCGACACAAACUUGGAUAUGGGAGAUGUAAUUGUUGAUAAGUCCAGCUUAACUCCCCAACUGCUUCUUUUAUAUUAUCUGUUACUUUAUGAGGAUUGCAGAUUGAACAAUGCGAACGCUCUAGCAUCUAGUGGUCGCAAAAUAAAACAGUACUCUCCAGAAUUUUUGUCCGAGUUGCCCAUCAAAUAUCUACUCCACCAUGCUCAGAAGGAUCAGAGUUCCUACUCAGGACUUUUCGGGCCACUUUUAAAGCUUCUGGCUACUCACUUUCCACAUCUUACGUUAGUGGAGGACUGGUUGGAUGAUAUGUCUAUGCAUAUGGAAAAAAAGCCUUUGGAUAUCAAUGAACUGAUGGUUGUUACAGCAUUUAAUGAUAUUACAACUCGUCCUUCUCAAUGUGCAAUGGUUCUUCAAAAAAUGUUAAAAUGUGAAGCCAUAGAUAUUUGGCCAUUUGCUGAAAGUUUUACUCAAUGUGCUAGGCGUGUUCUUGGUCCAAAUAUUCCCAGAUACAUUCAGGAAUUGUAUAAAGAUGUGUGGCUUCGACUUAACACAGUGUUGCCGCGUCGUUUAUGGGUAUUAACUGUUAAAAAUUUGGUUGAAGAUUUUUCUGUAUUGACUCGAAUUGAUGUUGCUGAAGAUCCUCUACAGAUCAUGCGAUGUGAUGAAAAAGUAUAUCGCUGUGCCCCAAUCUACGCCAUCGUUCUUAGAGUUUUAAGGGCUAGUUUGGCCUCUUCCCGGAGUCAAUUGACGCAGCAUUUGCAAGCGAACCCUCGCUUGGACGCCCACGGACAGGUUGUAAAUGAACCUGAUAGGGAAGAAAUGUGUAGGGCUACAAUAGCAGCACAGGAAAGUGCAGCAGUUCAGAUGCUGCUGGAAACCUUAAUAGAAAGCAAAGAAGAUAAAUUGGUGCCGGGUCAAGAGUUGGCACUACAAGAAGUUAGAUCCUUAGUAUGCAGCUAUUUGCAUCAAGUUUUUAUUGCGGACACGGUUUUGUGCAAAUUGGUACAUUUUCAGGGUUACCCAAAUGAUCUAAUUGAAGUUGUUGUGAAAGGAGUCCCGUCAAUGCACAUUUGCCUAGAUUUCCUGCUAGUUCUAAUGCAACAGCCAAGAUUGGACAAACAAAUUUUUGCCAUUCUGUUAUUAUCACAUUUGUGUAUCCAAUAUGCUUUGCCAAAGAGUCUGAAUUUGUGCGUCACUGCUUUGAAUUUGUUGUACGCGAUAUUGGGAGGGAUCUCAAGUGCACAACGCGUAAAACACUUCAAACCGGUCUUGCCAGCUUUGAUAAGGAUUUACGAAGCAUUUCCACCAUUGAAAGACGACAUUUUGGGGAUUAUAACGCAACUGAAGGAAGUUGGCGAGAGUCAAGCUUCUCUGGUCAGUCAUUUUGAUAUUCACAGAGGAAGAGGACUUGAAGUUUCGGCUCAGAAAAGUGCCGAACUUUGCGAUUUAUCUAGGAAAGCUUAUAAUGAAAUUAUUUCUAAACAUGUGUUAAGAGAAACUGUACACAGACAAGUGUAAAUUUGUGUUUAGAAAGGAAUCAAUUGAGAGCCUCAAAUUUGACAACAUAUUUGUAUUUAAAGAAUAAUAAUAAAUUAAUACCUGAAAUACUCUAGAUUGCCUGAAUAUAUUACGAGUGAAUUAAAACCACAGACAAUAAAUUAACAAUUAAAAUAAGACACAAACUUUUAAGUACAUAACUGAAUUCAUAAAUAAGAACAUACAAAAAUUGCACUAACACUAAAAUUCGGACAAAAAUUCAUAACAAUUGAAAAUUAACUCCUGUGAAACCCAACAAAAUGGCAGAAGUCUAAUACAUAUUACAUUAACAUAUUUUGAUUUCCAUAAUACAUAAACAGUAAAAUUAUUUUCUAUUUUUUGCUCUUGAACAAGUCGACUAAUAACGCCUGUUCUUGCCUUUUGACAGUUUUCAUUUCUAAUAUUUUACAGAAUUCCGUCAGCUGGCAUUCUGGCAAAAGUUUCUUGCACUGAUCCACGAAAUUUUUUUCCGGUUCUAUAGGCGUCAUCACAACUUUUAAAAUCAUUUCUGCUUUG